CUAACUAACUCUUUCUUCCUAUACUAUAUCCUUAUAUGCAAUCUUUCUCUUAUAUAUUACCACCUUUGACCUAACUACUAUGAUUACGGUGUUCAUCUUGCUGUGCUAAUGAGGUAUGGCAGCCUGGACUGAUGCACAUAUGUGCCUGGUCCUACGUUGUAGCUGACUGACUGACUAUUAGGAAAAACUUCUAAAAAUAUCCCCUGAACCAUAGCAGCUUUUGACUUUUGCAAUCGAUUUACGGAGGGCAAUGUAAUUGCUUACGUGUUGACCAUGAGAUGAACGGUAUUAUUACGUUCUCGAAUGUGGUCUUAAACUUGAUUAGAUUUAGCUGUCAUAUAUGUAUAUACAUAGUUAAUGUUUAAUGUGUGUAAACUCCGCGGAUCAUUUUCUUCCAUUAGAAAACAUUUAGGAAAGCCAAUCAUGAAGCUACUCAUCAGUUAGAACACGUUUAUGAUUGGAUUUUUCGUAUUUUUGUAUGGUUUGCUAAUUUGUUAGUGACAAUCUAGAAUCUGAUACUAAUCUAUACGUCUGUUCAAAUCACUACACCCCACAUCAAAACCGAGUGAAAAAAUCGACGAAACAGAAAACAAAAGAAGUAAUACUGACAGCAUGCAACAAUCGAAUCACACUUGACGGAGAAGAUUUGGAAUAUGUAAAAACGCUUACAUAUCUGGGCAGCAUCAUUGAUGAACACGGUGGAUCUGAUGCAGAUGUGAAUGCGUCGAUCGGCAAAGCAAGAGCAGCAUAUUUACAACUGGAGAAUAUCUGGAACUCAAAACAACUGUCAACCAACACUAAGGUCAGGAUUUUCAAUACAAGUGUCAAGACAGUUCUACUGUAUAGAGUGGAAACUUGGAGAACUACGAAAGCCAUCAUCCACAAGAUACAAGUGUUUAUUAACAUCUGUUUACGCAAAAUACUUCGGAUCCGUUGGCCAGACACUAUCAGCAACAACCUACUGUGGGAGAGAACAAACAAGAUCCCAGUGGAGGAGGAAAUCAGAAUGAAGCACUGGAAGUGGAUAGGACACACAUUGAGGAAAGCACCGAACUGCGUCACAAGGCAAGCCCCCACAUGGAAUCCUCAAGGCCAAAGGAAAAAAGGAAGACCAAAGAACAUAUCACGUCGAGAAAUGGAGACAGACAUGAGAAUGAACAAAAAUUGGAUAGAACUGGGGGGAAGGCUCAAGACAGAGUGGGUUGUAGGAUGUUGGUCGGCGGCCUAUGCUCCAUUGUGAGUAACAGGCGUAAGUAAGUAACUGACUGGAAAUAGAAAUAAGAAUAUAAACUUGCAGUACAAACGGUAGAAAUAAAGUCUGGGAGUGAGGAAUGACACGACUCAAAUUUAGUACGGAAGUGGAGAAAGAAUGUAACUGCACCACUGUGAUAAAUGUAGCAUGUCUCCAACUAUAAAUUUUGGGUACUGUACAAGCUUCAGUCGGAAAGUUUAGACCUACUUACCUGGUUUAGGUCAGCAACUAACUUCGUAACAAAUAGUGUAUCUUGACCCACCCUCCUCUUCCAACAUUAUCCCCAGCCUAUCCGUAUGUCCAUCGUCAUUUUGAGUUCGAGUUGAAGGUAACUGAUCACACGAAACAUAAUAUGCCUUUUAUUUUAAAAUCUAGUGACUUAUUCCCAACCUCAUUAUUGGUCAUUUAAUAUUUCAAUCAAGCAUAUUCAAUUCGAGUUCGUUACUUUCUAUAGCUUUUCAUUAACAUUACCUUAUAAUAUUCAAAGUAUUCAACAGUAUACAUGUGUUUUAAAUGUUUGAAUUUAUUUUUUAAUUGUUUUAUUUUAUUUCAAGCUUAGAUUGCUGGAAAUUUAACUGUGAAGUUUUCUGUUAAUACUGUCUUAUCUAUCUUGCUUGCAUUAGAUUGUUCAUCCUAUCAUGUCCAGUAAUAGGAAUGUUGAUGAUGAAUGGGAAACAGAGCCAGAUUUUGUGGUAGUUUUUUUAUUUCUCUUCAAAAUGAACGAAAAAAUCAAAUAAUUAUGUUCCUGUGUAUAGAACGAUGUAACAGAGAAAGAACAAAGAUGGGGCUCCAAAACUGUUAUUGGUUCUGGCCAUCAAGCUUCCAUAGAUAUGAUGGCGUUAAAAGAAGAAGUGAAACAAGCAGAUCGUUUGGCAAAAUUAAAAAUUGCACCAAAACCAGCUUAUGGAUAUGGUGGCCAAUUCGGAAUUGAAAAAGAUCGAAUGGAUAAGUCAGCAGUAGAUUGGAAUCAUAUUGAAGUGACUGAAAAGCAUACAUCACAAAAAGAUUAUGCAAAGGGAUUUGGUGGUAAAUAUGGUGUUGAACGAGAUCGUCAAGAUAAAUCAUCUGUUGGUUGGGAUCAUAAAGAAACCGUAGAAAAGCAUUCGUCACAAAAAGAUUAUUCAGUUGGAUUCGGCGGAAAAUUUGGUGUACAAACUGACCGACAAGACAAGUCAGCCUUGGGUUGGGAUCAUCAUGAACAAUCCAGUCAUCAUCCAUCACAAGUGGACUAUUCCAAAGGAUUUGGUGGUAAAUUCGGUCUACAGACAGAUCGAGUUGAUUCAUCAUCAGUUGGUUGGAAUGAUGUUAAUCAAACAGAAUCGCAUCCAUCACAAAUGAAAGCGCCUAUUUUCAAACCAGACGGUAGUUUAAGUAAUAUACGUGCACGAUUUGAACAGGGAAUUAAUCCGAAUAAUGUAAAGGAUUCAUCUGGUUUAACUGUCGCUCAACAACGCGUUCUUGAAGAACAAACUCGAUGGAAUGCUGAACGUAAACAACAACAGCAACAACGCGAACAACAGGAAGAUGAAGAACAAUCCAAAGGAAAGUCAGGAUCAUCUGAUACAGUUAAAUCGGUAUCAAAUAAUUCUGUUUUUACUGAUACUAUUAAACCAACUAACAAUAAUACCAUGCAUGAUCAUAAUUGGAAUAAACAAGUUGACUCUGAAAAUAACAUGAAAUCAUUACAUUCACAGGAAUUUAAAACUUUUGUUGAAUCUAAUCAAUUUAAUAAUGAUAAAUAUAAUCAGUUAGAAGAUAAAAAUGAACCAAGAACUUCCAGUGAAAGUCAUGUACAUGAUAACCCUGUCGCCAGUGAUGAUCAAGUUCCUGAAAUGUUUACGGUAACCGCUCUUUAUGAUUAUGAAGCCGGUAAGCAAUUCUGAUCCAUUUGUCUGAAUAUAUAUAUAGUCAUUAUAAGUCGUGUUAAACGUCAGUUGUUG